AUGACUAGCAAUGCGUCCUUACCAUACAAAGCAGAACUGCACAUUCCUUUCCCAACAUCACGACAAGCACACAUUGCUCGGACUGUCUUGCAAGUCGACAAGGAUCCACGGCCAUCUGAAUCCAACAAGGAACUCGCUGUGCUAGACGGGAAUGUAUUGCAUGUAAUAUACAGAGCAAACUCUCUGAAAUUAGCUAGAGCUGCUGUCAAUGGAUUUAUGGACCAUGUCAUACUUGUGAUUCAGACGUUGGAGAGCUUUGAUGAUGAGGCUGCCAUAUGA